GAUAACGCGGGAGAACUGGCAGUGACCAUCUUUGAGCCAACGUCUUGGAACUCCAAACCAGUCGGCUAUCGCCUACGAUGGGAACCAAAUGAGCAAAGCAGCGAACCAGCGAAGGAUUUCGAUUUACCUGUCGACGCGCCAGAUCGCAAGAAAGACCUCAAUGUCACGCUGCCUUUGAAGCCUGGACGCGAAUACACACUGUUUGCCAGGGCGCGUGGAGUCGGGGACUUCGGGGAAGAUCUCGUAGGUCCCGAGACAUCGGUGACGAUGGAAACAGCUCCUGUGGCUCCUGCUAACUUAAAAGCUCAGACCAUUGACCCAACAAGUGCUAUCAUUUCCUGGCAUGCGGCGAGUCCUGUGCGAAGGUUCGUGAUUUCUCGGUCCUUUUACGCAACCGUGAAAAUACCAGUCCCCACUUCGCGCGUCUGCGACGAUGACGAGGACUAUUACAGGGCAUGUAACGACCAACCUGUGCACUCCGAUUACCGAGAAGAACUACGCCUGGAAACGUCGACUGUCAUUCUCGACGGAAGCACACAGGAAUCAACAUCCUACAGUCUGCCCCUGCUCAACCUGUCGUCGUCUGCGCAGCACACAGUCGAAGUCAAGGCAUGUGGUGCAACGGUAUGCAGCAGCGAGGCAACCACGGUUUUCACAACGCCUCCUUCAGAGCGCCAACCCAUGUAG